AUGCACGGUAUGGUCUCGUUUUGGACUGGUACUUUCGGCGACGAACGUGGGAGGCCACUUUCUUAUGAGAUCUUCAACCUGUAUCAUGCCGACUCUUGGAUCCUUAAGCCGUCAACGGUUGGACGCCGUGGGCGAGGCUGCAGCUACGUGGAGCUCAUUGCUGAGACCGUGGCGUCUCAGAGGCCCAGUUGGUUCGUGUCCCACGCUUGGCUGGAGCCAAUCACGUUAUUCGUUCGGUGCCUGCGCCAGCACUCGCAGGUCCGAGGUCUCAGUGAAGACAUCGCUUACUGGGUCUGUGCCUAUGCGAACAAUCAACAUGAGCUUGAUGAAGCCAUCCCCGACAACCCUUGCAAGACAUCAUUCUACCUUGCGAUGAUGCGAUGCCAUGGAGUUCUUCUCGUCCUCGAUGACGACGCCACGCCGUUCUAUCGGAUUUGGUGUUGUUUCGAAGAAAGCAUCGCGGUCAAGGAGCGUCAUUCGGCAUGCCUUCUUCUCGAUGUUGCUGCGACCAGCCGCGAUGCAGCCCAUGUACUUACGGACGGGUUAGCGGACAAGGAGGCUUCUCUGCUACCCCUGCUCGGCCUCCUCGCUAAGUCCCGGCGCGAGAAGGCAUUCCCUUCAAAGCUGCUGCGGCACGGGCUGCGCAUCAAUAUCGAGCAGGCACGUGUCUCCCGGGACGAGGACAAGACACGCAUCCUCAACAGUAUUGCGUUUCCGCGCGCCAAGACUGUGGAGUUGAAGAUGGACUACCCAAAGGCGCACCAGAACUACACCGAAGUUAACCAUGCACUGGCAGCACACUUUGCCUUGGCCAGCCUCCACAGCUGUUAUGCGCAGGAUGAGGACGCCACGCAGUUGCUUCAGGCUUUGCGGGCAGACGCGCAGCGGGCCACUGUGCAUCUGUCCCUAACCAGCUGCCAGCAUUUCCGGGAAUCGCAGCUUCAGGCCUUGCUGGCCCACUUGCCGGCCAAGCUCCUCGACCUUCGCCUGGAUCUGUGCCUCACAGGCCUCGAGGUCUUCGAUGCAGGAAUCUUCCAGGGAUGCUGCCCACAGUUGCAGAAACUGCAGAUGAGAUUCGCAGGCAAGCUGCGAGUGGCCAAGCUCGAGGCCUUCUACGGCCCGUCUUUGUGCCAUUUAGAGCUUUGGUUCAGCAACCUCCCACAGCUCUGCGACCUCCAGCUGGGCUCCAAGAACCAAUCACUGCUGGAUUUGCGCUUGGAGGAUUUGGUGCUCCACAUCCAGGGCUGCCCGAAGGUGCUGCAGGCUUCGAAGCAAGAGUUGUACAACGUUGCCCUGAAGCUUCAAAGACGCAGAAAAAGCUUGCAGAUGUGGCUCUGCAUCGAGGAUGUGGCAACAUGGAGGACGUAUGCAGAGAGCUUGGCCAAACGCGGGGCAAUCGCCAUCGAGCAGCAUGUGUCAAAGGUGCUGCUAGACAGGUCGCAGCAGCAACUUGAAGGCUUGCAUCUGACUGCCGAGAUCGAAGUCGACGAGGACCGUCCGUUUCCGUGCAGCCACAGAGGUUGCACCUGCUUCCAUGCCAACCUGAACGGGUACUGCGACAAGCAUUGCCUCUGCCGUUUCGAGCGGAAGAUUCUGGAAACUAUCCAAGAGGUCUGGCGAUGGUUCGAGCUGGCGUUGAUCUUCUUUGUUCAAGCCGCAGCGGACGUCCGGUCAAAGACCUUGCUGCUCCUGAUGAUCCUCUCUUUGCUGCCCGUCGUUUGCAUGAGCUUGGCGGACUCGCUCGGGUUGUCGGCCUCCCUGGUCUGCGCAAUGCUACUGGUGCCGCUGCUUGCGAGUGUCUCCUACGCCAACCUCCGCUUCGACCAGCUGCAACGGGCGGCGCAGGAGCUUCUCCUGGCCUCGGAAGGCUUCUACUCCCAGGUACUGGGGCCUGAGGAGUGCUUGUCCGCCUCCGACACCUCACUGGUCUUCGGUGCUGCUGUGGAGGAGUAUGCAUCUGUCGAGGAAGUGCGUCAAGAGCACGACCUGAAAAGCAGCUUUCUGUGCGCGCGUCGCCACCUUCUCAGCUUUCAGAGAGUUGUGCAAGCUUCUGUGCGGGCCGUUGCUGGCACGCAUGGAGCGGAGGCGCAGCUCAAGAACGUGACCGAUGCUGCUGCAGUAAAGACUGACGGUGGAGACGGUCUGCCGGGCCAAGGAGCCCGCUGUCGGCAUCUCGACAUCCUCUACUGCGAAGUCCACUGCAACGGACUGAGCGAGGUAAGGGAAGUCUGGCGUGAGCUUCGUGAGCGCUUAGAAGGAGUGGAGCAACCGAUUAGAAUUGCAGCAUUGCGCGACGGCUUCGUGCAGAAGGACAGCACUCGACGAUGUUGCGAGGUCGUCCUAUCCAUCCAGGGCUACUUGGCAACCGUUGUACUUCUGGAGAAGUCUCUGGCGCAGGCAGAGGUGCAUUUAGCGGGCCUCCGUGUUUUGGCCGAGAGCUUCGGGCUGCUGGCAGAUGCUCGGCCAAAGCCAUCAGGAGCUAUUCCGGCGCCGGCUACCACGCAGCACAGUCUGUGCCUGGUCAUGGCCUUGGCUUUGGUGAGGGCCACGGCGUUGCUCUGCAGCAUGUACUUCGGGUGUCAGUACCUGAUCCGCUAUUCGCCGGAGUUGCAUCGGCAUCUGCCAGUACAGCUGCGACAGCUCCUGAAGAUCGGCACCACCGACUCAGACUCCACGGAGACCAGGUGCUGGCUCUCUGCGCUAACCCUCAGCCUGCCCUACGCCGUCCUCGUUGUCCUCUUGGCACACGACUUGUGCCGCUUGUGCAAGCGCCACCAGGCCCCAAGAAGGCCAACGCCUUCACAGCUCAUCUACGAGCGCCAUUUCGGAGUGCAAGGAGGUCGCUACUACACGAUCAAAGUGGCGGUCUUGCAGUUCAUGACAGUUUUGCUUCAAGCACUGGGAAAACUUCAGCUCCUUGGUGGCAUCGUGGCAUUCAGCUUGCAGCAAGAUGCUGCUGCAUCCCCGCUGCUGAAGCAAUGCUUCUGGCUUUUCUGGGGCCUCUUGGCAUUGAAUGCUGCAUACCCAAGUCUGCUAUUUGCCCUUCCGCAUUUGCCAUGGUGCCGCUACAGCUCUGCGGUCAUGGACGUUGUCCUGGACAUGGGCUACACAGUGACAUACAUGUUGAUGGUUGUGACUGCCAUCUCCGAGCUCGCCUUAGAAGCCUCCGUGCAAGGGAACUUCGGCGAGGAAUCGGAGCUGGGGUUCAGCAACCGCAUCAGCCCGGUCUUCGCUUUCCCGACAGGCCACUCUGGCGACUUUCGCUGCUUCCCGUGCCGCUGCUCGGAGAUAGCCGAGGAACGUCUUGCUUGGAACGUCACAUCCGGGCCAUGCAUGCUCCAUGCCGAUGGUUGCAUCACCAGCGCCUCCGUGUUUCCGCCGGACUUCAAUGACACCAUGUGCUCGAUCGAGGUCGCUCCGAAUAUCGGCGGUGCUAUCCAUGUGGUAAACUUCAUCACAUCAAGUGACGGUGCCUACAUGAUAGUCAACGGACAGAGAUACGGUGGAGGCUAUUAUAGCAGUCGUCCACAUGGAGUCGUGCCCCAUGGGAGUAUCUUGUGGAAAUCGGACGGGUGGUCGGGCUUCACACUUUGCCCAGCACAUUUUCUUCGACUGGACAGCUGUGGCUUGGCGGCAGCGCUGCGCCAGGAGCAGCUGCUGCUCACCGGUCUCCGUGCAAUCGCCCCAAGUGCAUUGCACACGCUUUCCGGGCGGCUUCGGCGCCUCUCCCUCACGAACAGCUCGAUCCGAUCGCUGCCAGGUCAUCGCUUCGAGCGCCUCGGCGGCUUGCAGGCCCUUGACCUAAGCAGAUCGGAGCUCACGGAUAUGCACCCUGAUUCAUUUCGUGGGCUCACUGAACUUCGGCUGCUUUCGCUCAGCCAGAACAAGCUCACGAAGCUGACCGACGACUUCCUCCGACAUCUGCCCUCCCUGGAACAGUUAUUCGUUGGAGGAAAAGUCUUCGUCAACAAACUUGGCUAUGCUUAUAGCCGUAUUAUGGGCAACCACCUCGCAAGCCUGCCGGCUAUUCAGCACCAGCGGUUGAAAUAUUUGGACGUGAGCGAGAAUCGUCUGGCAGAGCUCCGGACCGAGACUUUUGCUAGGCUUCCGGCGCUUCGCACACUCGAUUUGGCCAGCAACAAGCUCACCUCCCUCCCGGAAGGCAUCUUCGCCGGCGUCACCUCUCUGGAGGGGUUGAGCUUGGAAGACAACCGGAUCAGUUCACUCGGGGCGGGUACGUUCGCAAACAUGACGGCUCUGAAGACCUUAACUCUACAUUACAAUCAACUCAGCUCCUUACCGGAAGGCAUCUUUGCUGGCCUCACAGCCCUGGAGGUGUUGAACUUGGAAAGCACUGGGCUCAGCUCGCUCCCGGCGGGGUGCCUUCGCGAACUUGACAGCUCUGCAGACCUUGAAUAUUGCAAACAAUCAGCUCAGCUCCCUCCCCGAAGGAAUCUUCGCUGGCCUCAGAAGUCUCCAAGAAUUGAAUCUGGAGGCAAACCGGCUCAACUCACUUUUGGCGAAUGCAUUUGCAGGCCUGGCAGCUCUGAAGACGUUGUAUUUGCACUACAUUCAACUCAGCUCCUUGCCGGAAGGCAUCUUUGCUGGCAACACCGCUCUGCGCGUGUUGAACUUGGAAGGCAACAAACUCAGAUCGCUCCCGGCGGGUGCCUUCGCGAACUUGACAGCUCUGCAGACCUUGAAUUUGGCAAACAAUCAGCUCAGCUCCCUCCCCGAAGGAAUCUUCGCUGGCCUCACAGCGCUGGAGACAUUGCGUUUAUCGUCCAAUCGGCUCCGCUCGAUCUCGAGAGACACUUUCACUGA